UGAUUCGAAGGGUGGGUGGAAAUUCAAUCCUCCGCCACCCCUUCGGCUCGGUUCCGGACCGAUUUCCCAAGCCUGCGAGAGUCGAUGGCGAGCGGUAGGGGCCCCGAACGAGAGAGGCUCCGUGUUGUGGAAUGUUUCUGCGCAGCGUGGUUUUUUCAGACCAGUUUGCAUCAACUUGCUGCUUCGUAUUUCAAGCCCCGGCGCUGUGAGGUCACGGAGUGCCGAAAGCUCAUUUCAUAUUGUUAGCUUCCCGGGCAAUUGGGAUGCCACCAAUCCUCACGCUAAUCACAGAGAGAAUAUCUUCACGCCAAACGUCUUGAAUUUGGUGUGGUUUUUGAUAUGCAUACUACUUGAACAAUUAUCAAUGGAAAGAGUAAGAGAGCAGAUGAAGAGGGGUCAGCUCGUUGAGCGUAACAGCGAUCUCCUUAAGUUCGUGGUGCAACAGCCCAUUGCAUCCCUGGAUCUUGGAGAAAAAGAGCAAAGUUCGGUGUCGAGAAAUUCUGUUGUAACUCCUCGCAAUUUGAGGUUCAGGACAACAUUUAGUAGGGAAAGUUGUACAGAAGCUGCACUGGAGGACUUGUGCAUUCGAUUGAAUGAGACUUACAGCACGGUGCAAAAAGCAUGUCCAAUUGAUCUCCACGUCGAUUGUUCCGAGCGAGAGUUGAACGGAAGGGUAACUUUAGAAGAUCUGAAUGAUGCAUUGGAAAAGAAUGGAGGUGCGGUCGGUGCCAGAGAUUGUGUUUUGGAAAUCUCUCAGAUUAGGGUAUGCUCUUCGGUACUGGCUGCAAAGGGACUUUCGAAGAUGGAGUUGGAGAUCGACGAAGACCUCCCUCAAAUUGUGAUGAACACUCACAGCAGGGUGGAUGAGUCUGAACAAGGCUUUUCAUCCCCUGUUGCGCGAAAUGUCACGUCCAGCUCUAUCAUGAAAGAACCACAAAGCGUUCUUGGCAAGGGUGACCCUGGCAAAGAAAAUUGGGAUCCUAAUGUCGAAUGGAGUGACAAAAAGAGUGGCAGUCCCUUGCCUGAGUGGUUCUCUCGAAAACCCUUGCAAGAUAUCACUGAUGUACUCGCCGCUGAACAGGGCAAGGAGCAACAGCCACAACCAAAGAAAAAACUCAAGAGGAAGGUAUCCUCUUCAGUGACUUCUUUAUUCCCAACACUCUCUGAGUCUCUAACGACGAGGAAAGAUUCAUCCGUCAUUCAGCUCAAGUGUGCUACUUUUGCAGCCCCAAAGCAAUAUUCAUAUCUUGGGAAGAAUUUCCGAUAACCUAAUUUUCUUUCCCUCUGGGAUCAAUUCGUUGUGUUUGUCACCCAUUCAAAGAUCAAUUGAAUGGUGCGGGAAUUUUGUCAUGAGCAUGACAUCAGGAGACAAAUGAGGGAAUUACCUAUUGGCAGUGCCUCUUCUUUUCUGUUGUUGGAUCUGAAAAAAAAAUUAAUGUAGGUUUGUACCCCGCAUCUUGCAUGGGCAUUCGUUCACCUAAAGUUGUGGAGAAAAUUGAGUAUGUUCAGCUGAUAUUUCCUGCGCAUUUAGAUGAUGAUUGAAUGGGCUUGCAUCUAGGGCUAGGUUGUUUGAGGCAGUACGUGGCAGCUGUUACAAUGUAUCCUCUCCUGGGUUACUGCUUGACAUCUGUCAUCCUGUGGAUUUAGUAGCCUAUUUCCAGGACCCGUUACACGUGUAAAUAUUUUCUAACUAACAGUAUCGUAGGAGAUCAUUGAGCAAUGAAGUCCCCUUCGUUGACAGUGUCUACGGAAUACUCCGAAAUCCGCACGGAUCUUAGUUUUGCAGUA